GAUAGCUUGCUGCAUAGCUGAGGUCAUUGACUAGAGAGUGAAGGCAGGAGGCAAGGAAGGGCCCGGAGACGCUGACGAAGAUCGUGAUCACGGGCAGCUUCGUCGCCGGCGAUGCCAAGAUGCAGUGUCCGGUCUCACGGCGCGUCUCCUCGUCCGACAGUGAGCGCAGAGCGCGCAAUCAUCCAGGCAGAUAGUCUAUGAGCAAGGCUGAUUCCAUCGUCGGGGGCAAUGAGCGGAGGUGGCGUGCCAGGGCAAGAGCAAGACGCGUGCUCGCGGCCAUCAACGACGCUGACGUCGACGCCGAUCGCGUCCUCCUCCUCGUCCCUCCCUUCCAUCCACCCCUCAACAUCGAACGGGGCGGCGUCAGUCACGCAGCUGGCGCGCCGCGAUGGUGAACAUCACCCGCUUCCUCGCCGACCAUGGCCUCCGGCUACCGCACUGGCGCGCGACGCGCCACCUCCUCUACGGCCUCGUCCUUGGCGUCUCUCUCCCUCUUGCUGCCAGGUCUAUCGCGACGUACCACAGGCGCCGUAGAAGAGCACGUAUAGCCGCGCAGACGGAGUUCGAAGAGCGGCCCAUCGAGCUUAGGAGCGAAGAGAUUCUCUCCGGCGUCGCGGGGCUCAUUGGCAACACCCCGCUGAUACGUAUCAACUCACUGAGCGAUGCUCUGGGAGUAGAUAUCCUGGGUAAAGCGGAAUUCCUCAAUGUCGGCGGUAGCGUCAAGGAUCGUGUAGCCUUGCGAAUGAUCGACGACGCUGAGCGUCUCGGGCUCCUCCAUCCCCACACUGGGUCGCGCAUCUUCGAGGGUACGGUGGGGUCGACAGGAAUCUCUAUAGCCACGGUGGCGCGCGCAAGAGGAUACGAUGCAACUAUCAUCAUGCCUGACGACGUGGCAGAGGAGAAAGUGAAGGCUCUUCACGCCUUGGGCGCUGAGGUCAUUCGCGUUCGCCCGGCCAGCAUCGUCGACACGAAGCAUAACAUCGCCCGCGAACGAGCCGCUCACUUCGGCGACGACGCUUCCCACAAGCCACACCUCAUCAGCUCUAUGUCGACCUCCGUCGUCGUGUCUACAACCUCCGAUAUACAAGACGGGCAACGGAAUCCGGAAGCCAACGCUGAUUUCGCGAGGAAGCCUCGCGGCUACUUCGCGGACCAGUUCGAGAACCACAGUAACUUCCAAGCACACUUCGAUGGCACGGGCCCGGAGAUCUGGCGUCAGACCAACGGAAACUUCGAUGCAUUUGUGAGCGGAGCGGCUGGUGUCGGACGCUAUGUCAAGUCGAAGAACCCCGACGUCAAGGUUGUGCUUGCUGAUCCUACUGGAAGUGGUCUGUACAAUAAGAUAAAGUACGGCGUCAUGUACGACAAAAAGGAGAGCGAAGGCACGAAGCGCCGGCAUCAGGUCGACACCGUCGUCGAGGGCAUCGGCAUCAAUCGCCUCACCAAGAACCUCGAGCUCGCACUCCCCAUCAUCGACGACGCCUUCCGCAUCUCAGACGCCGAGGCUGUCAGCAUGGCGCGCUAUCUCGUCAAGCACGACGGUCUAUUCCUCGGCUCAAGCAGCGCGUGCAACCUCGUCACGGCGGUCAAGCUGGCGAAGGCGGAGGGCUGGACGGGCGUCAAGGGGUUGGGGAGGAAGAGAAGGAUCGUGACGAUUCUAUGCGACUCCGGCACAAGGCAUUAUUCCAAGUUCUGGAACGACGACUACCUGGAUCGCGCGGGACUUUCAAAAGAUGCGACCCUGAUUGAGGAGCUUCUGGAGUCAUGA